AUGGCCCCGCCAAAAGACCCCGCGGAACUAAAGAAAGCCUUCGUGUCUCAACUGGGCGAGGAGCAAUGGGACGAAUCAUGGGAAAGCAUCGCAAAGCUCAGCCCUGAGCUCUUCCAAGCCAGUGUCGAUCUCAUUGCGGUGCCGAAGAAGAAGAAAUACUUGUCUCCCAAGAUCCAGCAACUCAUGUCGAUCGCUGUCGACGCUGCCUCAACCCAUCUCUACAUCCCGGGUGUUCGAAAACAUAUUGAUGCUGCGUUGAAAGAGGGAGCAACUCCGGCCGAGAUCAUCGAAGUGAUUGAAUUGACGGGAACAUUGGGAAUCCAUGCCUGCAACAUUGGAGUACCCUUACUGGUCGAAGUUAUGAAGGAGGAGGGCAUAUAUGAGAAACAUGCCACCGUCGGCAAACCUUUUGACGAGAAGCGGGAGCAGUUGAAGGCAGACUUUACAAAGAACAGAGGGUACUGGCACCCUUUCUGGGAAGAUUUCCUAGCGCUGGAUCCCGAAUUCUUUGAGGCGUAUUUAAAUUUCUCAUCUGUGCCUUGGCUCAAAAAUGUGGACGGCUCAGGCAAGGGUGGCGCGUUGGAACCCAAGGUGAAAGAGUUGGUAUACUGUGCAUUCGAUGCUGCCGCCACUCAUCUUUAUGUCCCAGGAUUAAAGCUGCACAUGAGGAACGUUUUGAACUAUGGUGGUACACCGGAAGAAAUCAUGGAAGUUUUGGAAAUUGCAACUCAGCUCAGUCUGCAUACAUCCAACGUCGCUGCGCCGAUACUGGCUGAGCGACUGGGCAAAUCAUGA